CAAACCCCCACUCCCCCUUAUCCCUCCCUCCAUCACCUCCUCCUCCUCCUCCUCGGCACCAACAGACCGACAAAUCCCUCCCGGAGCUCCGCUCCCCCCCUCCCCUCCUCUCCUCUCUUUCUCUGUCUCCUUCCCCGCCAGCCAUGAUCCGUGGCGGGCUAAUUCCCAGACGGUCUUCUCCUCCUUCCUCCUCUUCUCCUCUUCACCCUCCUCCUCCUCCUCCUCCUCCUCGCGGGGCCGACCAAAACGUGAAGACCUCACAGGGCUAACUGCUAGCUGGACAAACGUGUAUAUAUGUGUGUUUGUGUGUGCGAGUGUGAGUGGUCAUGUCGGGAAUGACGAGUGGCGUGUGUGUAGAGAGUGACCUCUCCUCGAUGCUGCAGAGAAGCUCCGCCCCCUCUCACCAUCACCCAAAUCACCAUGGUUAUGGAGGUCAAGGGCAGGUAUCGGGCCUGGCGCCGAUGCUGGACUACACCACUGAGAUGGACCGGUAUCGCUCAUCCAUCGCCACCUUCUACAAGACCAAUGUCAACAUGAACAUGAAUGUGACAAACUUCCCCCAGUCAGCCAAACUGGCGGCUCGUCUGGCGGCAGCGGCUCCCAUCUUCCCCCCCGCCGCUGCCAGACUGGGUGCCAUGGGAACAGCGCCAUGGGGUUGCCAUGACAACAUGAACAUGAACCACCCGGCGGCCAUGUUCUGGGGCAGGCCCAAACCCGUGGCCACGGCGCCAACGCAUCACCACCACCACCCCUCGGCGACGCCCGGUCACAUGACCUCUUCGCACCCCCACAGCAGCAGCAGCAUGCACCAGAGUGGCGGGGGGUCGGGAGCGGGUGGAGGCGGUGGUGGAAGUGAAGGGGGAGGAGCUGAAAAACAUGGACACACCGCAUCACUUCCUGUCACCCAGGGAACAGCACACCAUCACCCCAUAGCGCCCACCAAUGGGAACUUCCUCCCCGGUUACAGUGGCGGGGCAGACUGUGGUGUCAUAAACAAGCAGGGACACGCCCACCCGGACAUGAUGGGGCUAUCAGAUGGCGGCAACUGCAAUGGGGGAGGAGUAAUGAGUGGCGGGUUCCUGGGGGGGCUGGGACUACCCCCUGGGGUCAUCGUCAUGGCCAUGGGAUCUGCAGGGGGUGGGAUCUCAGAUGCCAGCAGCGCUUUUCAGAUGACAAGCGGCCAGAGGGCGCUAACGGACUGUCAGCAGCACACCAACUCCUCCCCCUGCCCCUCCUCUUCCUCCCCCUCAUCAUCAGGGGUGACGGCGGGGGGUGUCUCUCUUUCUUCGUCGUCGUCAACGUCGUCAGGGACAGUGGCAAAGAGGAAGCGGAAGCGAUGUGGUGUGUGCGGGCCGUGCAGACGACUGAUCAACUGCGGCGUCUGCUCGUCCUGCCGCAACAGGAAGACGGGUCACCAGAUCUGCAAGUUCAGGAAGUGUGAGGAGCUGAAGAAGAAGCCAGGAGGAGGAGGAGGUGGAGUGCUGGAGCGGCCGCCCUCCGUCCCCGCCGGCGAGGCGUUUCGCUGGUUCUUCUAGCCUUUCCUUCACCAGUGGAGUCACCAACACAGACCUGGACUGAAUGAAAACCAGCGAAAAGGACUAAGACGUCUCCAACUGAUCCACAGCUGGACUUUUUUGUGUGUGGAUGGUCCAGACAUCCAGCAUCAACCGGAUGGAGGAAGAGGAGGAGGAGGAAGAGGCAGUUUGAUUACAGAAAACUGGAGGGUUAAUCAGAAUUUGCUCAAGGUUUAUGCUUUGUUAAUAUUUAUUCAAAGGUGUAGUCUUCUCUUGCUAAUAAAGCCCACCGUCCAUCAUGGAAUGAGUUAGCAUCAAGUAGCUGAACUACAGCAGGUUAAUUCAUACCAAUAAAUAAUGUCGGCUUGAAGCCUUUUCAACUGUAUUUUAUUGACAUGAUGAAUGAUGAGCUGUUCUUUACUAUUUCUUUAUCUUUGGUUUUGAAUUAAGCUUCUUCUGAUUUGUGGUCAUGGAACGGCAGAUUUGGGUCAGUCGCAAGUCAAGAGACGUUGUUGUACCUUCUUUAUAUCUUGAUGUCUGAUUUGUAUCAGUGGGUUUGACUCACCUUUGCAAUCUUAGUCCGAUAUGUUCAUACGGGUCUGUUCAACAUUGCAGUUAACCAUCUGUCAACCUGAAACCAGAAUCAACCCCUAAAAUUACUCACAGGUCACUCUAACCCUCUGUAUGUCCAUGAAUUAUUGCUCUAGUUAAAUUUUCAGUCUGAAUAUUUGUUGUUCACCAUGGCACCAAACUUCAGAGUACACUAGACCACAGGCUUCCCUGAGUGGAACCUUAGUUUGUGUUUGUUAAUGCUUUAAGCUCAUCAGUAUUGCCCUGUUUGCCCUGAAAUCCCAGUAAAGCACCAAAGCUUAAUGCAUCAGGCAGGGACUUGUUCAGUAUUAAAGGAUUUCUAAGUAUUGGGAUAGAUUUUGUUAAAGGUCUUGGAUCAGAACCAAGACCAAGAACACUCAGGGGAUCAGGAAAGACUCUGGCAAAACCAAGCAAAUAGUACAUUUCUAAAGACAGACGGGUAAGUAGGUAAGCACCUAAUUGUUUCUAGAAGUAUUAGGAUUAACUUUAAACUGUUCUACUCAGUUCAUCAAAGGGAGGAUAAAGAUUGUUUAAACUGUAAGAUCUUUAUCCUAUCAGAACAAAUCAAACUUUCCUAGUGUCCAUUUCAAACUGCAGCUCAUCACAGCUCUAGAGUCUGAGGCUUUGAUUGGUUGAACUGGGCAGAGAACCAGAGAAGUCAACAUUCAUAGAGAAACCUUUCCAGUAACUCCGGAGCUACAACCAUUCCCCCCAGGCAUGUAGCCCUUUCCAUCUGUGGAAAAACUGCCUUCCUCCUCUUCAUCCUCAUCCUCCCAGCAAAACCACUAAUCCCAUUGUAGCAAAACCCAGGAAGAUUCAGGACUCAGCCGCAGAGACUUCUUCAGUUUGACCAAAACUGGCUGACAAGUUAACCUCAAAGAGGAUUCACAAACUGACCUCAGCAGGAAGUGAUCCAAGACUGUUAAAUACGGACUACAAGUUCCCCACAGUAGGACUACAAUAACCACAUCACUGUUAUCUGUCUCUUCUGUCUACCUCCUCCUCGAGAACUUUACAGGCACCUUGACUGACUUUUACUGGGCGCUUAUUCUGCUGGUGCAAUGUGAGCUGCUUCUUAACUCUCUUGGUGGUCCAGAAUUUAUUGGAUUCAUGUGAAUUCUGGUCAUUAAUCUGGCAAAAUAGAUCAUUUAUUGGGUUUGUCUGGAUUUUGAUGGAAGGUUCUCAGGGUGAGGUCAAACGUUCAGUUGAUUUUACAAGGCCAAAAGCAAACUGAGAAUAAUUAUUUUACUGCAUUCUUGUUCCUGCAGUUGAAGGUUUCUAUGUUUCACCCCCACUACUUAGGAACUUUGGUUUAUUUGUGGUAUCGAACAUUCAGUUUGUUAGGCACUGACAGAGACCUCAGAGAGAGUUCAGAACUAGCUCCUGUGUUCCCGUAUCAGCGCACAUUGAACCACAUGGUGACCGACAGAAGCGUCGAGCUGCAGUUUUGAAUGCAGUGUGAGAAUUCACAGGGCCCCGUUGGAUCCCCUGAGCAGAACUCUGGGACUCAAAGGAACCAAGCUGGAAGAGAUCAGAACAUUCCACACGGCAACUGUCAUUUCCUGUUUGUCGGUUGACAACAUGCUCAGUAAAACCUUGUACACACUAAGACAUUCUCAUUAAAAUUUUAUCUUGAAAGUUCA